GGGGAGCUGGAGGGUUUGAUUUUGCCGACUUGUUUAGUGGAGGUGGCGGUGGCUUUCCAGGCGGAUUCCCGGGUGGAGGAGCACAUUUUGCUGACAUAUUCGGUGCCAUGGGAGGCGGUGGCAUGGGUGGUGGCUUUCCAGGCGGAGCUAGUUUCAGCUUCGGUAGAGCCCAGUUGGUUCUUUGAUUUCGAGAUGGACGACGAUGAGUAUUUUCAGAAACAGGAGCAGGAGCGAUCACAGCGCCGAGCUGCACUCGAGAAGUUUGCUGAGGAGCAGCGGGAGAAGCGCAGGCACGCGAAAGAGGCUUUCCAGGCUGACAAGCUGAAGCGCCAGCAGGAGAAACCCCAGAAUAACCAUAGGAAAAAUCUGCGCAAGAAUAUUCUCAAGUUGGUCGACAAAGAAGCGCCAGAGUUGAAAAGGGACGAAUUGGAAGACCAGCUCGAGCGCAUCAGCAUCGAAGAUAUGGACUGCUUGUGGUUAGCGGUAAGUGACAGGGGCGAUCGAACUGUUUCCGAUUGUAUCGUCGACGCGAUGAGGGAAUUCGGCUUUCCAAUCACAGCGCCGAAGACGAAGAAAGGCAAGAAGGGGCAAGGUGCAGGUGCUGCUGCAGGCGCGAAGCCUGCUGCCAAGGCCAAGACCAAGAACCUGCACCUCCACCGCCGGCCCACGAGGCUGCGCCAGCAUCGAGGAAGGAUGAGCCGCCUGCUGCGGCUGCCAAAGCAGCUGCUGCAGCUGCGGCGGAGGUCGCCUCGUGCAGCAGCGAUGCUCCUCGGGUGCCCCAUCGAGGCGCCAGCAGGGCCGGCGGGGCGGCAGCGAAGAGCAAGCCGACGGCUGGCGAGGAGAGGUCAGCGGGUGGCACCCGGCCGAUUCAGAGUGAUGCUCUCACAUCAGAAGGCGUCACGGCCGAGUGCAAAGCACCAGCUGCUGUGGGUAAGCCUCCCGACGCACCUGACCAGGAGGCUGCAGACGGGGUUCACUCCGAGACAGCUCGAGCUACUCGUGUUUUUGUCGAGAAAGACAUCUACAGUGCUGAUGUGCAACACGGAGCAGAUUCUGAAGAU